GUAAAACAUACUUUUAGCUCGUUUUUCUAUGGGAGUGUUUAGUAAGCGGUAGAUUAGUCUGGUCUGACCGCUAGGGCUGCUGCUCGACUCGAUUAGUCUUUUGUUUCAAGGCUUUCCUGUGCGAUGAGAAACUACAGUACUGACGAACUCAUCUGACUAUAUCGUUAAUGUAAACCAACUAAAUAUAUUCCUGGUCGUCGUCUUCAGUGGGGUAGCAUGCUAACUUCCAUGUUAGCAACUAGCCUGUAGCUGUAAAGGCUAAGCACUAGCAUGGACCUGUUGAACUCUCAGUUCCUGGACAAGAUGAACAAUAACAUUGGGAGACUACACUAUGACGAUGAGUCCAGGAUCUCGUCCCCGCUGACCGCUGUGUCCACCGUAACUGGGCCUCCUUCACACUGUCCAAACAAACGCAAGUUUGGGGAAGAACAGAUGGAGGACAGAAUCAACUGUGAUGAUGACCACAUGACUAAAAUGAGCAGAUUGUUUGCCACUCAGCUGGCCCGUCCCUCUGCUGGAGACAACCGCAAUGAUCACUGGAGCCUCAGCCACAGUCCUGUGGAGCGUAUCAUUUCUUCUCCUGUUAGUAUCCAUGGGAACCACCCGUAUGCACCUGUUUCUGACUACGACAUGAGUCAGCCUCUGGCUUUGACUAAAAGCACCAGUGACUUCGGAGGGAGCAGAACAGCGAGGUCUGUUGUGAGCAGCACCGCAGAGCGGCAGCAGAAUCGUCCCUCCGUCAUCACCUGCGCCCCUGCGAGCAACAGGAACUGUAACCUGUCUCACUGCCACAUGAACGGCUGCGCUCCCGCCCCACCUGCGGAUCAGAGAAAGACCAACGCCAACACCGUGUGUGACCCUGUGAUCGAGGAGCACUUCCGCCGCAGCCUCGGGAAGAACUACAAAGAGGCCGAGUCCAAUUCGGUGUCCAUAACCGGUUCUGUGGAUGACCACUUCGCCAAGGCGCUGGGCGACACCUGGCGUCAGAUCCAAGCCAGGGGUGGGGGGCGUCAGACUCCAGAGGCUGACUCAUAAGAAGUCAGGGGAGAGCAGUCGUGUUCAGUUUUAGAGUGUGUCCUCACGGGCCAAGAAUCACCUUCCUCCAGCCAAGCACAAUGUAAGACCAAUGGUGCUGACAUAUGGUGCUCACCUGGGCGGGCCUUAAGUUCGCUCAGCUCCCAUUUGUAGCCUAAAAUAUGCAAAUCCCUGUCACCACAGGAGAAAACUUAAAAGUAUCACGUGGUAGUUGUCAGGAUGAGCCUCCAUCUUUCCUCUUCCCUAAAAACAGCCAAAGACAUUUCCUGCGUUUUUCCACCAACAUGGAAGAGAUGAUCUUAUUUUCUCUCUGAAACUAAACUGCUUUUCAAUCAGUAGUACUUGAAACACGACAGCCAGGUUUGAUUUACGUUAUUACUUCCCCCCCUGAGAUAGCAGGUUACCUGUUUCAGGUGGAAGUAAUGUGUGACGAGUUAGGCUCCGCCCCUCCUGCUUUCUGAAGACGCAUCAUUUUAAUGAUGGUGAACAUUGCAAGGUGAGUCAAAAGUCUCAGGACACUUUUUUUAAUUUCAGAAACAAAAAGAAAAUGACAUCUGAAUACCCAGCAUGUAAUGAGUAAGAGGGUUUAUCCACACAUUUUCAACGCAUGGCCCACAGGCCAAGUCUGACCCUUGUUAGCAUGUCAUUCGGCCCCAAAGACAAUACUUAAUAGUUUUAUGUAUAGUUUUAUUUUUACCUGAUUUGCUGGAUUGUGAUCAAAUGUAUCUUUAAGAUAAAAUACAUGAAAAAGUUGUUGAUGGAGAGUAAGGCACAGGAAAUAAAUGUUAAUGAUGAGUCUUUCUAAAUUUAAUAAUUUAUUUUAUUCAUUAUUCGUUAGUUAAUUUAUUUACCAUUUCUUCAGUAAAUGAUGACAGCAAUUGGAUAAAUUUUUAAAUUUUGGUCACCUUGUGUAACUGAGUUUAACAACUCUGUUUCAGUUCAUUUCCAGAACAUGGCCGCCAUAUUGGAUCAAGGGAAAGUUUUCCCAAAUAUAGCCCCCCUCACCCAUUACUUGCUAUAGUCAUCAGGUAUGACAUUUUCUCUUCAUGUUGAUGACAUAACAGGGUGUCCUGAUGCUUCUGACUCAGCCUGUACUCUCCUGUUAAAAAGGUUUUUAAUUUGCUUCGACAUCCAGCUAAUUCUCACUAAUACCAACUGUAGACGUCGUCUCCAACUAGAAAACACCUUUCCAAUAACUGGUUUCUAUUACAAACCUUAUUCUGUUCUAUAUAUUUACUCAGAAUUUAUUUUUUAUGUGUAACAUUUUAGAAAUACUCACUGCUGGUACAGUUAUACUCGAUAUAUAUAUAUAUUUUUUGUACCUGGUUUUCAUGAAUAUAUGUAGGUAUAUAUGUUAGCAUCCCUCUGCAAGUUGCAGCCUCUGGUUAGGUUGUGUUUAAUAAACUAUUAUUUUUGUUAAUCUGCUGAGCUUCACAUGACUUAAUACGGUUAAAUCUCUUCGUCUGUAGUCUGGUUUACUAGCAGUGGCUUUAUUUAUUCGCUGUGUGUUGGUAUUUUUUUGGAGGUGGGGGACAGUUUGCUGUGAAAACAAAAGUUUGACGUGUUUCUCUUCUAACGGAGAGGGUUUCUCCGAUGUCAAAAAAAAAAAAAAAAUACACUUAAAAGAAAACUGAAAUGUACGUGAAACAUAAAAAGCGUUUGUUUGCAAGUUUAACAUUCCUACCACUGCUCCCUGGUUUUUACGAUUCACUUCACACGUGCUUAACAAGAGCUGUUACAAUUAUUUUUAUUUAACGUUACGCUGUUGCUAAAACUUUAAUGGGGGAGGACUUUUUUAUGCUUUUUUUUUUUUUGCAAAGCAUCACUCAUCUGGCAACACAGUGAUAUGUUUUCUUUUAUUUUUUUGUUAAACAAGUUUAUUAAAACACAUUUGUAUUAAUGUUCUACGUUUAAGUUGUUACACUUUUUAUUCUGUUUUGUUUUAUUGACACGUCUGAGACCAUCAUUGCGCCGUGCGGAAUGAUCGUAGUUCUGUUGAUUUUUGUUAGAUUAGUGCGCUCGCGUAGAACGGCACUGCGCAGUUGUUUUUGUAGUAGCUGACUAAUAUUCCUAGUUGAUGAGCGGAGGCACACACCCGUGUGUGGAUCAAAGACUUGGUGCAGAUCAGAACGCUUCCUGCGUCAGUUUUAACGCUUCUGCAGAAGUUUGGGGUUAUUCAUCUGGGAUCUGCUUGUUUGACACAAGUAAAGUUUUCACUGAUGUGUUUCGGCAGUUGUUAUUUAAUUUUUUAUAUUUACCUGUAACUCAAAGACGGUUUGCAGAAAAAAAAACUCUUUAUGAAUCGUUAUAGAAAGUUAUAAAACGUUUGUCUACUUAUGUUAUUUCUUUGGAAGAAAAUACAUUUUUUGUACUUGAAUCUCUUUCAAAAUAAAAUUUAUAAGAACUAU